GAUCUUCACGAGCGGCGUUGUGUUUACAGGCAGACUGCAGACGGAGAGACGGAGACAGUGCGCCUACCUGUGCUGUGUAUUCAUCUCGUCUGGCUCCGCUAACGCAGUCUUGCUCGUCUGGGCAGUUAGAUAUCUCUCAGGGGGUGUUCAAUCCUGCCGGGAGGCUUUUAAUUUUAAAGAUAUUUAGCCUCCCGUUAGCGGUGGCGAUGAAUUGCAGCCACAACAACAACGCGGUGAGUCCGUGCAUGAUGAGGGGCUGAGGAGGAGGAGAAGAGGGAGGCUGCGGUUUGAAAACCACACUCUGAAUAUUUUUCACACAAACUCGGCUUCUUUUUCUUUUUUUGUAUGCCACCAGUCAAGAUUUAGGAUUAUUUUUCUCGCCGUUGUCGGCCUAAACCCAUUCUGAGGCUCUUAAGGAGGAUCGUCCACAGCAGCGUGGACGCUAUGCGUUCCCCCCUCAGAUAUGGAGCGUGAAGAUGCGGAUUACAGAGGAAUCCCCACCGAUCGUUUAGCCGAAUUGGUUCCACCGCCUCCAUCUACACCGGCUCUUUUUCCCCAGAGCUGAAGAGGGGGGUGUGGGCACUUUUAUCCCAGAUUGGGUGUCAAAGCGCUGAUUUUCCGAGCGCGGUUCCGGCGGCACUCGUGAGCGAGCUAACAGCGCUAGCUUGUUAGUGCUAACCAUUAGCCCCAUUAGCCGGCUAACGGCUAAAAGGCGCUGGCUCAAGCUUUAAAGGCUUUUUUUUUUUACUCCAACAAAGGAAAAACCCGAGUGGGUCUGCACGGACCAUCACCCGUUCAUUCACAGGUGUUGGGAGGAUUUCACUUCCCCAGGAAUGCGGGCUCGAAUGGAAGGAAGGAGCCGCUUGACCUUGUUUUGGGGUCUGAUGCUGGCUGUGUCGUCCUGCCUCCGGCCCGCCGCCGCAGAGAUUUGCGGUCCCAGCAUCGACAUCGGAAACGACAUCAGCGAAUUCCGGAGUUUGGAGAACUGUACAGUGGUGGAGGGCUACUUGCAGAUUCUCCUCAUCGGCGACAAGAACAACAACCAGGAAGUCUUCCGCUCGCUCAGCUUCCCCAAGCUCACCAUGAUCACCGACUACCUGCUCCUCUUCCGAGUGUCCGGCCUGGACAGCCUGAGCACGCUGUUCCCCAACCUCACGGUGAUCCGCGGCCGCAACCUCUUCUACAACUACGCCCUGGUCAUCUUCGAGAUGACCAGCCUGAAGGACAUCGGCCUGUACAACCUGCGGAACAUCACCCGGGGCGCCAUCCGUAUCGAGAAGAACCCUGAGCUGUGCUACCUGGACUCCAUCGACUGGUCGCUCAUCAUGGACGCCGAGUUCAACAACUUCAUCACCGGAAACAAGCAGUCCAAGGAGUGCAGCGACGUGUGCCCGGGCAUCAUGCAGAACAACCCACAGUGCAGGAAGACCAUGUUCAACAACAACUACAACUACCGCUGCUGGAACUCCAACCACUGCCAGAAAGAGUGCCCGGAGAGGUGCGGGAGGCGAGCGUGCACGGCGAACGGCGAGUGCUGCCACCCUCAGUGCCUGGGCAGCUGCACCGCCCCCGGCAGCGACACGGCCUGCGCCGCGUGCGUGCACUACUACCACCAGGGGCGCUGCGUCGCCGACUGCCCCCCCGGCACCUACAAGUUUGAGGGCUGGCGAUGCAUCAGCGCCGAGCUCUGCUCCAAAGUCCACCUGCCCGACUACGACAGCUUCAUCAUCCACGAGGGCGAGUGCAUGUCCGAGUGUCCCUCCGGGUACACGCGCACCUCGCCCGACAGCAUGUCCUGCACGGCCUGCGACGGUCUGUGCGAUAAAGUGUGCGAGGAGAAGGUCAUCGACUCCAUGCACGCCGCUCAGUCCCUGAAAGGCUGCACGGUUAUCAAAGGCAACCUGCAUAUCAACAUCCGCAGAGGCCAUAACAUGGUGGCGGAGCUGGAGAGUUUCACAGGCUUGAUCCAGAGGGUGACGGGCUACGUGAGGAUCAGACACUCGCACACCCUCAGCUCGCUCGCCUUCCUCCGCAGCCUCCGAUACAUCGACGGCGAAGAACUCUUGGAGGACAUGUACGCCUUCUACGCCUUGGACAACCAGCAGCUCCAGUAUCUCUGGGACUGGAAGCAGCACAACCUCACCAUCAGGACCGGGAAGCUGUUCUUCCAGGCCAACCCCAAGCUGUGCAUGUCCGAGAUCCAGAAGAUGUGGGAGAAGACGGGAAUCCGGGGGCAGUUUGACCCGAGAGAUUACCGCAACAACGGCGACAGAGCCAGCUGCGAAAACACCAUCCUGCAGUUCAAGUCCAACCUCACCAGCAGCACCAGGAUCAAGCUGACCUGGCAGCGGUACCGCCCUCGAGACUACAGGGACCUCAUCAGUUUUAUCGUCUACUACAAAGAGGCGCCGUACCAGAACAUCACAGAGUUUGAGGGCCAGGACGGCUGCGGCUCCAACAGCUGGAACUUGGUGGACGUGGAGCUGCACCAGGACAGGGAUUCGGACCCCGGCGUGCUGCUGUCCGGCCUGAAGCCGUGGACGCAGUACGCCGUGUUCGUCAAGGCCAUCACGCUCAUGGUGGAUGACAAGCAGAUGCCCAGCGCCAAGAGCAAGGUGGCGUACAUCCGCACCAGCCCUUCAGCGCCCUCCAUGCCUCAGGACGUGCGAGCCUACUCCAACUCCUCCACCCAGCUGGUGGUGCGCUGGAUGCCCCCCGUCUCCCACAACGGCAACCAGACCUACUACCUGGUCCGCUGGCAGCAGCAGGCGGAAGACCGAGAGCUUUACCAGCACAACUACUGCUCUAAAGAGCUGAAGAUCCCAGUGAGGAUCGCAGCCAUCGGGGUGGGAGACCAGGAAGAAGACACAAAACCCACAAAGUCGGACACCGACGGCGCCGAUAAAGGCCCCUGCUGCCCCUGCCCCAUGUCGGUGCAAGACCUGGAGGCCAAGGAUGCCGACGCCUCUUACCGAAAAGUCUUUGAGAACUUCCUGCACAACUCCAUCUUCACGCCCAGGCCACCAGACCGUCGGCGGCGAGAUCUGUUCAGCAUCGCCAACGCCACCCACUCGCGGCGCCACCGACCACACGCCAACAGCAACAGUAGCACGACCCCUCCCCUGCAGGCCGCAGUCAACGUCAGCGUGGCCGACACGGAGCCGGUGGAGCGCGAGUUCGAGUUCAUGGAGCAGGCGGUGACGGAGCGCGAGCUGCAGAUCUUCGGCCUGCAGCCGUUCACCGUUUACCGCAUCGACGUUCACGCCUGCAACAGCCAGGUGCAGCGCUGCAGCGCUGCCGAGUUUGUCUUUUCCAGGACAAAGCCCGCAGAAAAGGCGGAUGACAUUCCCGGCCCGGUCACCUGGGAGGGGCACGAGGACUUUGUGUUCCUGCGCUGGCCGGAACCGUCUCACCCCAACGGCCUCACCCUCAUGUACGAGAUCAAGUUCAAACUGGGUGCAGAGACUGAGAAGCACGAGUGCGUUUCGGGUCAAAUGUACCAGGCCCAGCGGGGCGUCCGUCUGUCCAACCUGAGUCCAGGAAACUACUCGGUCAGGGUGCGAGCUACGUCGCUGGCUGGUAACGGAUCGUGGACACAGCCAGUGAGCCUCUACGUGGCGGAACGAUAUGAAAAUGUCCUCUACGCUGUCAUAUUCGCCCCCAUCGCCAUCAUCCUGCUUAUCUGCGUGGUGGUUGGAGCUCUCUUUGCGUUGAACAGGAAAAGGAACAGCGAUCGGCUUGGAAACGGUGUCCUGUACGCUUCCGUCAACCCCGAAUACUUCAGUGCGGCUGAAAUGUACGUGCCGGACGAGUGGGAGGUGGCGCGGGAGAAGAUCUCUCUGAGCCGCGAGCUUGGCCAAGGCUCCUUCGGCAUGGUCUACGAGGGCCUGGCCAAGGGGGUGGUCAAAGACGAACCAGAGACCCGCGUGGCCAUCAAGACGGUCAACGAGUCCGCCAGCAUGAGGGAGCGCAUCGAGUUCCUCAACGAGGCCUCCGUCAUGAAGGAGUUCAACUGUCACCAUGUGGUUCGUCUUUUGGGGGUGGUGUCCCAGGGCCAGCCCACUCUCGUCAUCAUGGAGCUGAUGACGCAAGGGGACCUCAAGAGCUACUUGCGCUCCCUGCGGCCUAAAGAGCAACAGUGGUCCAGUUUGUCGCUCCCGCCCCUGAAGAAAAUGCUCCAGAUGGCGGGCCAGAUUGCGGACGGCAUGGCGUACCUCAACGCCAACAAGUUCGUGCACAGAGACCUGGCGGCCCGCAACUGCAUGGUGGCGGAGGACUUCACCGUGAAGAUAGGAGACUUCGGCAUGACCCGAGACAUCUACGAGACCGACUACUACCGCAAAGGUGGCAAGGGUUUGCUUCCCGUCCGAUGGAUGUCACCCGAGUCUCUGAAGGACGGCGUGUUCACCACCAACUCGGACGUCUGGUCGUUCGGGGUGGUCCUGUGGGAGAUCGCCACGCUGGCCGAGCAGCCCUACCAGGGGCUCUCCAACGAGCAGGUGCUCCGCUUUGUUAUGGAGGGGGGCUUGCUGGAGAAACCGCAGAACUGUCCCGACAUGCUGUUCGAGCUGAUGCGGAUGUGCUGGCAGUACAACCCCAAGAUGCGUCCGUCCUUCGUGGAGAUCAUCAGCAGCAUCAAGGACGAGCUGGAGCCGAGCUUCUCCGAGGUCAGUUUCUUCUACAGCGCCGACAACAAGCCGGCCGACGCCCCGCCGCCUCACACGGACAACAUGGACGACGUCCCCUUGGACACACCCUCCUCCGCGCCGCCGCAGCAGGCGCCCGGCACCCUGCCGACGCCCCCCUCCCCGAGCUCGCAGGCGCCACCGGGGCCCUCACUAGCCCCCGGCUCGCCCUCCUCCGCGCCCUGCACAUCGACGGCCGUCGUGGACAAGGAGCCCGCCGGACAUCAGGCGGCCAAUGGCCUCACGGGGGCGGUCCUAGCCUCGACCGGGCCACCCAAUGGGACGGGCUCCGUCGUCACAAUGCAACAAACUCUGGACGAACUGCCGCCAUACGCGCACAUGAACGGGGGGCGUAAAAACGAGCGCGCCAUGCCCCUCCCUCAGUCAUCUGCCUGCUGAUUGGACGUCACCAGACUGCCGAACCUCCUCCAGGAGAGUUUUUCCUGUUUUUAAGCCGGGUGUGGCUUCCCGGCGAGGAGCAAAGACUCAUGGGAAGGAAAAACCAGUCAAGUGGUCCGUGUUCUUUCUGCUGUAACCUCCACAACUUUUCAUUUCUACCAGCCGGCUGUCGAGACGCAACACUGCCCCCUGCUGCCCAGUCGGAAAGGAGGGACGUCGCCUCGCAACUUAUUUGACAAUAAACGCUUUGGUACUUUUUUUUUUUACGUGUUCAAAAACAAACAACGAAACAGGAGACGAGGCCUUUAUCCGAGACCAUUGUGGGCGGGCAUUACGGCGCAAACGGAUGCAUAUCUACGGAAAACUAGCACUUGAAGCAAAGCAGAGGGAGGGAAAUCUUUCAUUUUUCUACACCCAAAACGGCACUUUGGAAUAUUCUUGGCUGCGCUCUCCAUUUUUAUUCACUGCUACUUUCUACAUUUAAACAAAAAAAAAAAACAUUGAAAAAAGAACUUUAUCUGAGCCACAAUUCGUCACAAAGUGCUGUUUUAUUUUUUAGUGGUUGAGUCGCCAAAUGGAGCAGAAAAAAAAGGACUGAAGAGGGCCGAGCAGCUGAGUGUCAUUGUUGGAAUAUUAUUAUUGUUUUGUUUUUUUUUUGUUUUUUUUUAAGAUCAGUCAUUAGACAUUUACAACAUCUCCGCACGAGCAAGAGCAUUUACGCUAAGUUUGUCACUUUUUCUACUUUUUUAUACGGUUGGAGAUCUUGUACAGAAAAAGAAAAAAGCUGCUAUUCCUUAUUAUUAUUAUUAUUUCUCUUGUGGUUGUAAUAUAGAUUAUCUAUCUAUACAAAUAUAUAUAAAUGAAUAUAUAUGUGUAUAUACAGUAUAUAUACAUAUAUAUGUAUAUAUAUAUAGAAAAGAAGAGACCUUCAGGUUGAAUCCACAAGCGUUUUCACUGCAGUCUGUUUUUUUUUUAAUUGUUAUUUUUCAUGCUGAUUAUUGUUGCCUGAGCUGGAUUCAAAGAGGUACGACUUGCCUGUUUUUGUUGUUUGGAAACCCCCAACGUCACCAUCUAGAGGUCAAAAGCCAGAUGCCCCCCCCCCCCCUUCUCCCAAUUAAGUCUCAGGUCAAAAGCGAAAAGUCGCGUUUAUUUAUUACCUUUAUUUUGCUUUGCGCAACCGUCGGAUUGUUAAUUGCCGUCUAAAUUAUUCAUGUUAAAUAUAUCUUUGCUCAAUUUGACAAGAUUUGUCGAUGAUGAUGAUGAUAACGCUCAGCUUUAAUCCCUCGAUUUCUUAAAUCGCUCAAACACUGCGCCGUUUAUUUGCCAAUAUACGCCAAAAACGGAUCACUGCGAUGCUUUUUUCCGCGAGUGACUGCGCUAGCCGCUUGCCUCGCUUUCCCCAUUCUGUUCAAAUGCCGUGAUCAUUUCUUACCAGUGACUUUAAUGGUACUUUUUGUAGCGCUAAAAACACACUACAUUUUUCAGCUAUCAUCACUAAAUUAGCCGGUUGGCUAACGCCAUGAAAGUGGUUAAGCCGAGAAUAGCAGCGCAGCGAAAAACACUAUUUUUUUGUAUAGAGUACGGUAAAUGUAUGCUAAUCAUGCCCGCUAACUGACUUGGUGGUAUUUUGCCACAAAUGCGAGCCGCAGCUAUAUAGCUGAGUUAAGAAUUUACUAAUUAAUUUAUUAAAAUUUCUACCCCGUCACCCGGAGAUGUAAGACGUUUACUGAAGAAAUGCUUUCAUAUUUUGCCUGGAAAAAAACGCCACAUUUGGACUUAGCAGCCCAGUUGUUAUUUGGUUAUUUAUGUUCAGUAUUUUUUUUUGUGAAGUGUAAAUCACUGUACAAAAUAUACCCUGAUGAGUUUUUUUUUUUUUAUAUUUUUUGGUGCAUUUCUAAUGUUUUUUUUUUGCUACUUUGGCAAAAGGGAAGGUUUCAGUUGUCGGUUUGUUUUUUUGUUUGACCAUCCAUCUACCUCACUGUUUGUUUUCUUUUAUUUAUUUCUGUAAUGAUGCGUACUGGAUUUGAAAAACAAGCAUCAUGGUUGAAUGUGGAGCUGUCGAGGGCCAACAUCAAACCAAAACCAUCCUGCUCUUGAGCACAGAAACAUGGGGCUAGUUUUUUAUUCAUGAUUAUCAACACUUUUUUCUAUCUUUUUUGUCAAAAUGUUGACGUGGGAAUGUUUUUCUGAUUCUUUACUCUCGGUGGCGCUGCUGUUGGAAAUGAGGGACGAUUACGCCUGACAACAUCGCCAAUUUCGCACAAUUUCUCGCCUUCACCCGCUCUGUGACAGUUGCCAAAUUUCCAAUUACUACAAAGAAAAAUGAGAAAAAUAACGACUUUUUUGUAACACUUUUAUUCUUGUAAGGUUAUGUUUCUUCGGUUCAGGUUUUUCUUGUAACUUUUGGAAGACAUUAUUUUCAUAACAACACGACUGUUUCCUUCCUUCUCGAAAAAGUAACUUUCAGACUUUCUUGCAAAUUGAAGACAUUAUUUUCAGAACAACAAGACUUUUCCGGGAACAUUACAACUUCCUUCUUUUGGUAGUUCAACUGUUUCUCGUAACUUUGUGAUUUUUUUUGGUUGUAUCAGUAAGACUUUUUCUUUCAUAUCAACUUGCCGUUAUGACUUUCCUAUAAUAUUUUGACUUUAUUGUUGUGGUAUUUAGGCCUUUUCUACUCAUAAUAUUGCAAUUUAUUUCCCAUAUUUCCACUUUAUCCUCACAAACUUUAUAAACAUUUUUUCAUAACAUUUCUAUUUAAUUCCCAUAAAAAUAUGACUAUAUUCACCCAAAAAAAAUCUGCUUUUUUCUACUCAAUAUUUUGACAUUAUUUUUGUAAAAAUGCAACAUUAUUCCUGUAACAUCUUGACAUUUUCUUGCAAUAUUUCAACUUUAUUCCUGAUUGAUUACCAUGUUUUUCGUAUAAUACUUUAACUUUUCCCAUAAUUUUCAGUGCGGUCCUAAUACAAUUUUGCACAUAUUGACAUAUCAACAUAAGGGGAGAAAAAAGAGUAUCAGAUUCUUUUAUUUUUUAAUAAUGCAAUCUAUCUCAGAUAUGAUUUUUUGCUGCCCAUGUUUCUGUUGCUUGUCCCAAAGGAAAACAUUACUUGGUACAUUACGGUGAGCAUCUGGAGGCACAUUCAUACAUGGCUGUAACCCCCCCCCCCCCCCCAGCUCUUUUCCAUACUUGUGUGUAUUUUGGUCACCGUAUCUGUUGGUCGUGUCUGAGGUGUUACGUUCAUGUUCUGCCAGGUAGAAGGAGGUUUGUGCACCAUCGGACGACAUCUGCUUUCACUUGAAGGCAAAGCUGGCUAAUGAUGUGCUCUGGUUGCCAUGGUAACACCUCCGGGAGCUGAGGGAAUAGGCAUGUUUUUGUUUUUUUUUUUCUUUUUCCACUUCCUUCCUACUCACAGGUUUGGAAAGCGAAUACUCCUUUUCUGCCAUUAUUGGACUUGUUGCCAUGGUGAUAACCAGGUGACCCCCCCCACACCCCACCCCAUCCAUCCUGUUUCAGGAGCAAAGAGGUCCAGAUUGUUCUUUGGUUCCUCUUCCCUGUAGAAUAGAGAUAAGGGAUCAGGAUGGGUUUGUUUUGAGUGUUUAUGAUCUGAUUUACCCCCCGGGAAGGCUUGUUAAGAGUGGACAAAAUGAAAAAAAAUGUUUUUUAAUCAUUUUGUUGCUUCAAUGGCCAAUUUAUCAGCAAACUUUUCACGUCUGUACAUUUUUUCAUAACCUUCCAUUUUUUUUUCUUUUGAGUGUUUCUUUGAAAUGACGAGUUUAGAAUGAGGUUUCAUUUUGGUUUCCUUUUUGUACAUGCUGGGUAUUUUUUCAAUAUAUUCUGAAUACUGGAGGGAAAAUGUUUAGCUGAAGGAAAAGGAGAAUGUUUGUUUCUCUGAUUCUUUUUUUUCUACGUGAGAUUUAAGAUAAAUAAAAAUGUAU